AUCCAAUGAGCGCGAGAGACUCGUUCCGUUUCCUGUUUUCGUAAACAGGUAGUUCCACCCUGCUGACAGUUUUUAGGCGAUAUUUGUACUGUUCCGGAUUUCUGCUGGUGGUGAAGAUGCAGGGUCUGAGAAACUAUUUUAAACCAUGGUCAUCUUCAGCAAAACUGGAUGGGAAAACUGUUCUAAUUACAGGAGCCAAUACUGGGAUUGGCAAAGAAACUGCCAUUGAUUUGGCAAAGAGAGGUGCACGGAUCAUCAUGGCUUGUAGGGAUAUGGAGAAAGCUGAUGGAGCUUUAAAAGAAGUUAUCGAAGCCUCUGGAAAUCAGGAUGUGGUCACCAAAAAACUUGACCUAGCUGACACCAAGUCAAUCAGAGAAUUUGCUCAGAUGAUUAAUUCUGAGGAAAAGCAAGUCAACAUCCUGAUUAACAAUGCCGGAGUGAUGGUGUGUCCUUAUGGCAAAACAGCAGAUGGUUUUGAGAUGCAAAUUGGGGUCAACCACAUGGGGCAUUUCCUGCUGACAUUUCUAUUAAUGGACUUGAUCAAAAAAUCCUCACCGGCUCGGAUCGUCAACGUGUCUUCCAUGGCACACAAGUGGGGAACCAUCAAUAUUGAUGAUAUUAACAGCGAGAAGAGCUACGAUAAGUCAAAAGCUUACAGUCAGAGCAAGCUGGCCAAUGUGCUCUUCACUCGCUGCCUUGCCAAACAUCUAGAUGGUACGGGUGUGACGGUGUAUGUCCUUCACCCUGGUGUAGUGCAGACAGAACUGUGGAGACACCUUAAUAGGGCGCAGCAGGGAGUUAUGUGGAUGGUAAAGCCAUUUACCAAAACAUCAGUACAGGGAGCCCAAACCACCAUCUACUGUGCAGUAGCUCCUGAGCUGGAGACAGAGAGUGGCAAGUAUUACAGUGACUGUGCGCCUGCAAGUUGCUCCAAUGCUGCUAUGGAUGAUGACAUGGCAAAGCGCCUCUGGGACCUCAGCUGCAAAAUGCUCAAUAUAACAUGGGACUAACUUUUUUUUUUCUCCUAUUAAAAAAAAUGCUUUUUACAGGGCAUGAAACACA